GACAUUUUGUUUCAUUACUGCGACACACAACGCAUACGAAAACGUUACCUUGGAAAUGCCUUUGAACGCAGCUGGUUGGUCAACAGAGGAAGACGAAAAGCUUAUACAACUAGUGGAACCGCAUCCUUUUUUGUACUAUAUGUUAGAUCCCUCGAGGAAAGAUAUUAUAGCUCGUGAAACUACAUGGAAACAAAUAGCGGAACAAAUAUCUAAGCCAGUUGAAGAAUGCAAAAAGCGCUGGAGAGGUUUACGUGAUGGUUAUUCCAGGUGUAAGAGGGCAGGUUCUGUGCACAAAACUAAAGUUGGUGUAUUUGAGAAACUACAUUUUCUUGACAAUUUGGGCGACCCACUAGAGAAUGUGGAGGUAGAAGAAGAGGAGCAAAUAGAAGAUGAUGGUCUCAUUGGAGCCGAACAACAAGUCAUAACUGACAACCAAGAGUAUUACGAAAUCACAGUAGUCGAAGGUUCACAGGAGACUCAGCCAAUGAAGCCAGUCAUCAAAGUUUUACCAGAAAUGGAAGAACCACCCAAAAAGAUCAGGAAGAACCCCGGUGGCAGAAAAAAGGCAAUUCCUGUGCCUAGAAACAUCCCACCAAUAAAAAUACUACCAAAACCUUUAGAAUAUAAUGGUCCAAAAUUGAUCAGAUAUGUUGAAGAGCCUAGGACACAAGAAAAUAGGUCACAAGUCAUAGACAGCCUUAUUGAGAAGGUCUUGAAAGAAAACACAAAUGAAAUAGAUGUGUUCUUUAGGAGUAUGGCAGCUAGUGUUAAAAAGUUGCAACCGAAUCUAAUACCAAAAGUCAAAAUGGAGGUGUGCAAUGUUAUAGCUAGAUAUGAGAUGCAGAGUUUCGAUAAAAAUCUUCAGAAUUAUUAAGUGCUAUGUGACGUUAUUUUAUUUUUAGUUAAUAUAGUUAUUAAUAUUGUACAAAGACAAAGUUAUAUAUAAAUCCGUGAGUUACUUAUACAAUAAUGUUUAAAUAUUACUUUGAAUAAGGAAUGAAAUUUGCAAAUGAAAUAUAAUAAUGACAAUUCUGUUGGCAUAAACUAUACCUAUUACAAUUAAAUUUUUUUUCUCUAAGUCAGUCAAGAGGAACAGAGUGAGGUUAAAUCCUAAAUUAAAAUAAGGGAGUUUUAAGUUUAGAGCAGCAUUUCUUAUUUUGGGUCGCUGGUGGUAUUUAUGGGUUAUGAAAUUUUCAAAAGAUGUUAUUAUAUUUGAUCAAAUUUGCACCCACUUUGUUCCUGGUUAUAUCUUAUCAUAUAUUAUACUCUGAGAGGGGUACCAUAGACAAAGUAGAUUUUAUAAGCACUUUUUAAAAAUUUAUUAACACGUGACACAUAAAUAAAUCCAUCAGAUAACCGGCUGAUAACCCAAAAAGGUUCAGAACCACUCGCUGGUGAUUUAGAAGUGGUACAGCCAUUGGAACAGAAUUGUCACUAAGUCAAAGUAUUGAAAUCUAUAAUGAUUCACAUAUUGGUGCCAAGAAUCUUUUUUUGACAUGACUUUUUUGGGAUGACAACGAAUUUAUGUUUGUCAGUCCGGUAGAUUAUUGAGGAAUAUUAAACACGUAUCUUUUAUUUUUUUGCGUAAUAAAUAAAUUACGACGAUACGAGUUGGAAUGUCGUACGACGUCACGCUUCUGUACAUUUUCUACAAAACUGUGACAUAAAGAAUACCCCCCAUCCUCAACUUAAUUCCUAUUAAGUAAGCUAUUUCUUGUU